AUGGCAAAGCAAUUUUUAUGGUUGUAAUUAGGAACUGAAAAUUUAAGAUAAAUAGAUCUUAUAGCCGAGAAACAUAUUUGUUAAGCAAACAUCUAUGAACCUUCCUUUGUAUUGAGAGAGAGAGGAGUAGAAUUUAUACAUUGUAUAUAACGCUUGAAAUUAAACAAAAAAUAAUUGUUCAGAAUUAAUACUUGA